AUGAGCCCGAAAAACAAAUAUGUAUAUAUCUGUGUAGAAUAUAUAUAUAUAUAUUUCGCAAAAAUACAUAAACAAUCAACCCUCUCCUCAGACACUACUAAGAUGUUUGUACUGAUAGAUAAUGUCCUCGCCUACCUUCUUGAACAAGACGACCUAUUUGUAACCGCACGCUUCGCUAUCCAGGGCCAAAUCGUCUCAAGAAGAGUUAACAAAAUACAUAUCUCCAACAUCACAGACGUCCUUCUACAACAAUUCAUAAGUCACACACUGCCCUAUAAUGACAAUAUCGUCCCAAAAAAAAUCCUCGACAGCAUGAGAACGGCCGUACGGCAGUUGCUGGAAGCAACUGCCUGUGUCUCUAGAGAAUGCCCCCUCGUCAAAAGAAGUCAGGACAUAAAAAGAGCAAGAAAACGUCUACUCAGUGACUGGUAUAGGCUCGGCGCUGAUGCAAACAUGGAUGCCGUAUUACUAGUUGUUAACUCCGCCUGGAGGUUUCUGGCCGUCUGGCGACCCUUCGUAAACUCAAUCCAACAUGCAACUCAGGAAUUGUAUCAAAAUAUCGCCCAUUACCUUCUUCAUGGCAACGUAAAUAUACAGAGGGUCACAGCACUAAUACAGCUCGUAAUGGGACAGGACGAUUUACUUUUUAGUAUGGAUGAUGUUCUACAAGAGGUCUUCAGAAUACAGCUCUAUUUGAAUAAGAUGCUGCCGCACAACUCUCACAAAUGGCAAAAGCCAUCCCCCUUUGACUCCGCAAACUUACUACUUAACUUCAGAGACUGGACAACUGACAAUGCUCUCCUCCAAGAGUUGCUACUAUCCUAUCCCACAAUUAAUAAAAACAAACACAAAAAUCACUCCGUCCCUCGUCUAAUACAAAUCUGGGUAGAGUCUUAUUGGCAAGAUAGUGAGACAACAUUAAAAGAUAUCCUCAAUUUUUGGUACAGUCACUUGGCUGAAUAUUAUGAAUACCAAGAACUGUUUGCAGACAUAGUUCAGCUGUUUAUAAACAAAAAAAGAACGAGGCAAUUGAAGAUUCAUUACAUUGGUCUAACUGAUAAGGAAAUCGAAGAAAAUAAACCGCCCCUGGACUACGAAAACUUAUUUCUCCAAUACGAGAUAGACAAAACGAACGCAAAUGAUGAAUUGUGCGGUGCAACUGACCUCAGUGAUUUACUUUUCCAAUGGAAACAGGGUGAACUUCUAGAAGUCGAAGCCUUCGCUCUAAACGUAUCUCCAUGGUCACUUGCAAAGACAUUGACUCUCUUAGAAUCUUCUCUUUACUUGGAUAUUGAAACAAUAGAAUUCACAAGACAUUUCAAACACAACGAUACAACAAUUGACUCCGUGUUUACGCUUUCCAACCAGUUAUCGUCCUACGUUCUUGAGACAACUUUGCAGCAAACGCACACCAUUUCCUACUGGUUACAAGUUGCACUGUCUUGUCUAUACUUACGAAACUUAAACUCACUUGCUUCAAUCAUUACAUCAUUGCAAAAUCAUUCAAUAGAAAGACUAUCUCUCCCGAUAGAUGUUAAAUCAGACCACCUUUUUCAGCGCCUAAAAGUCGUCGUACAUCCAAACAACAACUACAACGUUUAUAGAAGAACAAUUAAACAUAUUUUCCACAGUCAGCUUCCUUGUGUACCUUUUACAUCACUGCUUAUCAGGGACAUUACCUUCAUAAGAGACGGAAACGAUACAUUCACUAAAGAUGGUAAUAACGUGAAUAUGCAAAAGUUCAACCAAAUCACAAAGAUAGUCGCUUUUGCGCAAUAUUUACAACAAAAGCAAUAUGAAGAUAUACACUGUUCAAAUACUACUGCAAGAAGCUUAUUAGGGGCUAUGAUAAAGGUGCACACUUUAUAUAACGACAACAAAGACAGGGCGUAUCAAGUCAGUAUAGCUAAGGUUCCAAGGCUUACCUAA